AUGUCUGAAACCGCGACUGUUGAGGCAGCUAUCGAACCUGAGGCUCAUACCACCGAGCAGACCGAGAGUUCCUCGGCGGAACAGAGCCCGGACACAGGCGAUGACAAUGUCGCUACAAAAGAAAAUGAGAAAGAGACAGAGGCAGAACCAGUAGAGGAAAAGUCAGACGAUGCUACACUGGCUACGACGGAGAGAGAGGGCACCUUGGUAGCACAGGAUGCGCACGUGCUACACACGAGCGCCGAUACAACCUUUGAGCAAGCGGCAAAGACAUUCCUCAACAUUCAUCGUGAUGAAGUGGCUCAGAGAGAUGAAGAAAUCUUUAAACUCAGGGCCGAGCUCAAGAGAAUCAGAGAAGCCCUAAAAGCGAUAGAGUCGGCUGGGGACCUUGCUGAAAGUUCUCGAGACGUUCCCGCCGUACACAAUCAAGAACUCACAGAAGAUGACCCGGAUUUGACGUUCCAGAAGAUCAAAGAUAUAUGGGAGACUUGCUUCAAUGCUGUCCACAGUGUGAUUGAAGAGGAUGACGUGAAAGAGUCACUAUCAGACUGGAGUAUUGUCAACUGGUCCGAACUGGAAGACAAAAUGCCCGGCUUCAGUGCAUUCCCGGUUGAAUCGUCCAACAAACGAUCCCGAACAAUGCUCGUCAUGGCUCUUCUUGCCAAAUCCCUCGAAGAGUAUAUUCUCACGCCCAACUAUCUCUUCGAGGACGACGACGAACUUCGAUUCAUCCUCCACAAGAUGACCGACACGAAGAAGAAGAGUCAAGUGCGGAGUCUCUUCCUGUUCAUGUCCGGAAGCGAAGACUUCAAGGACGAAGUCGAAAAGGUCAAGGCCUUUCGCGUCGAGAAUGCCGUGAGUGGCGCCGUUCGGCCUAUCCAGAGUUUGUUGUCAGAAGCGUUGUGCGAAAAGGUCAAGGCCAGGUUGGCCGACAUUCUGUGUGACGUCGUCACGGCCUGGGAACCCCUGCAGCGCUACGAGAGCCAUUUCGAGGUCAGUACGGAACCCGGUCGAGCCGGUCGUGAAUGGUUGACCUUACACUUGAUGGACAACAACACCGUCGUCCUGGAGACUGUCAAUUCGAGUGCAUUCGAAGUGAACCCCGUCAUGGCUGUCGUCUUUCCUCGCGUGUGUGCCAUUGAUAGGUCGAGGAGGCCUGCUUUCACCACGGCGUUUCCUGGAGUCGUUUUUCAAAAGUCACAGGCCAUGAUUGAAGAGUCUGAUACUGUUUGUGUCGAUAGGGUUACUGUGCCAGAGGUGGAAUCUUCUACAGUGGCAGCAGCAGCAGCGGUGACGGCAAAAGCAUCGGAGGCAGAGGCAGAGGCUACGGCGGAAAAUGUGCAACCCCCGACAGCACAAGAUGUAGCAACGACCGAACCCGAACAAGUACCUACUGUCGUACAAGCAGUCAAGGGAGAAACCAAACCGAUCGAAGGACAACCAGCAGUACCCAUCACCGGAUCAGAGUCUGAGGAUUCUAGUUCUGACGGUGAGAGUGAUGAUGAUGAAGACAGUGGAACCGAAUCCAACACGGAAGAGAAUUGA